AUGGACUGAGGGCUCCCAAUGGCCUCACCGGGACAACCCUGCACCGACCUGCGGGUCUGGAACCAGACACAGCAGGAACCUGUGGCCCAUCACUUGCUCAGCCUGUGCUUCCUGAGAACAACUGGGAGCUGGGCGCCCCCCAUGUACCUCUGGGUCCUCGGCCCCAUCUACCUUUUCUACAUUCAUCGCCAUGGCAGGUGCUACCCGAUGUCCUACCUCUUCAAAGUCAAAAUGGUGCUUGGCUUCGCCCUCAUACUCCUACACACCUUCAACGUGGCCAUGCCCCUGUGGAGGAUCCACCAGGGGAUGCCCCAGGCACCAGAGCUUCUCAUUCACCCUACCGUGUGGCUCACCACCAUGAGCUUUGCCACCUUCCUGAUUCACAUGGAGAGAAAGAAGGGAGUUCGGGCUUCCGGGGUGUUAUUUGGAUACUGGCUGCUCUGCUGUCUCUUGCCAGCUAUCAAUGCGGCCCAGCAGGCCACUGCAGGGAACUUCCACCAUGAGCCCCUCCACCCCUUGGCCACCUACCUGUGCUUGUUCCUGGUGGUGGCAGAGUUCAUGCUGUCCUGUCUGGUGGACCAGCCCCCCUUCUUCUCAGAAGACUCCCAGCCAUUGAAUCCAUGUCCAGAGACGGAGGCCUCGUUUCCCUCCAAGGCCAUGUUCUGGUGGGCUUCUGGGCUGCUGUGGAGGGGCUACAGGAAGCUGCUGGGACCAAAAGACCUCUGGUCACUUGGAAGAGAAAACUCUUCAGAGGAACUCGUUUCCCAGCUGGAGAGGGAAUGGAGGAGGAACUGCGGUGUGCUGCUGGGGCACUCCAAGUUGUUUAAGAGCAAAGGACUCAGUGCUGCUGCAGCCCCUGAGACAGAGGCCUUCCUGCAGCCAGAGAGGAGCCCGCGGGGCCCGCUGCUCAGGGCUAUCUGGCAUGUGUUCCAAUCCACUUUCCUGCUGGGGACCAUCAGCCUGGUCAUCAGUGACGCCUUCAGGUUCGCUGUCCCCAAGCUCCUCAGCCUAUUCCUGGAGUUCAUGGGCGAUCAUGACUCCUCAGCGUGGAUGGGCUGGCUCCUGGCUGUGCUGAUGUUCUUGUCAGCCUGCCUACAGACCCUGUUUGAGCAGCAGCACAUGUACAGGGUCAAGGUCCUGCAGAUGAGGCUGCGAACAGCCAUCACCGGUCUGGUGUACAGAAAGGUCCUGGUUCUGUCCAGUGGUUCCAGAAAGUCCAGCGCAGCAGGGGACGUGGUCAACCUGGUGUCAGUGGACAUCCAGCGGCUGACGGAGAGCUUCCUCUACCUCAAUGCUCUGUGGCUGCUCUUCCUCUGGAUCAGCAUCUGCUUUGUCUACCUGUGGCAGCUCCUUGGACCCUCUGCCCUCACAGCCAUUGCCGUCUUCCUGAGCCUCCUCCCUCUGAAUUUCUUCAUUACCAAGAAAAGGAGCUACCAUCAGGAAGAACAGGUGAGGCAGAAAGCCUCCCGAGCAUGGCUCACCAGCUCCAUACUCAGAACUGUAAGAACCAUCAAGUCCCAUGACUGGGAGCAAGCCUUCCUUGAGAGACUCCUCCAUAUCCGGGGCCAGGAACUAGGCGCCCUGAAGAUUUUCACCCUCCUCUUCUCUGUGUCUCUCGUGUCCUUCCAAGUGUCUACAUUUCUGGUGGCGCUGGUUGUGUUUGCUGUCCACACCCUGGUGGCAGAGGACAAUGCCAUGGAUGCAGAGAAGGCUUUUGUGACCCUCACAGUGCUCAGCAUCCUUAACAAAGCCCAGGCCUUCCUGCCCUUCUCUGUACACUGCAUUGUUCAGGCUCGAGUGUCCUUCGACCGGCUGGCUGCCUUCCUAUGUCUGGAAGAAAUAGACCCCAAUGGCAUAGACUCAAGUCCCUCCAGAUGCUCCUCAAAAGAUCGAAUCUCUGUACACAACGGCACUUUUGCUUGGUCCCAGGAGAGCCCUCCCUGCCUGCACGGGAUCAACCUCACCGUGCCCCAGGGCUGUCUGCUGGCUGUUGUGGGCCCAGUGGGGGCUGGGAAGUCCUCCCUGCUGUCUGCCCUGCUCCGGGAGCUGUUGAAGGUAGAAGGGUCUGUGAGCAUUGAGGGUUCCGUGGCCUAUGUGCCCCAGGAGGCCUGAGUCCAGAAUACCUCAGUGGUGGAGAAUGUGUGCUUCAGGCAGGAGCUGGACCUGCCCUGGUUGCAGAAAGUUCUGGAAGCCUGUGCUCUGGAGUCUGAUGUGGCCAGCUUCCCUGCAGGAGUCCACAGCCCAAUAGGGGAGCAGGGCAUGAAUCUUUCUGGGGGCCAGAAGCAGCGACUGAGCUUGGCUCGGGCUGUGUACAGAAAGCCUGCUGUGUACCUUCUGGAUGAUCCCCUGGCGGCCCUGGAUGCCCAUGUCAGCCAGCGUGUCUUCAAACAGGUCAUUGGACCCGGUGGACUCCUCCAGGGUACGACUCAGAUCCUUGUGACUCACACGCUACACGUCCUGCCCCCUGACCAGAUCUUGGUGCUGGUCAAUGGGGCCAUCGCAGAGAUGGGCUCUUACCAGGACCUUCUGAACAGAAACGGAGCCCUAGUGGGACUUCUGGAUGGAGCCAGACAGCACGCAGGAGGAGGAGAAGGUACACAUGCUGAGGCUGCCAGUGAUGACCUUGGAGGUUUUCUUGGAAGUGGGAGGCCCAAGAGCAGACCAGAAAGGCUCAGGCCCAUCGAGUCAGCCGCUAUGAAGGACAGAACCACUUCAGAGGCACAGACAGAGCCUUCUCUGGAUGACCCUAAGGGGACAGGAUUGACAACAGAAGAGGACAGCGUGCAGUAUGGCCGGGUGAAGACCACCACGUACCUGAGCUACCUGAAGGCGGUGGGCACACCCCUGUGCACCUACACCCUGUUUCUCUUCUUCUGCCAGCAAGUGGCGUCCUUCUGCCAGGGCUACUGGCUGAGCCUCUGGGCUGAUGACCCGGUCGUGGACGGACGGCAGAAGCAUGCAGCCCUGCGUGGCUGGGUCUUUGGACUCCUGGGCUGUCUCCAAGGUACCCUAUGUCACGCCCUCCCUCCGCCGUCCGCUUUCCUGUGCGAGUCGCCGGACGCGCCGCCCAGCCCGUCCGCCUGUCCGCCCGCCCGCAGCCCGGCGCCGGGCCGGGGCCUCGGGCCAGGACGCGUUUGUGGGCGGCUGGCCUCGGGGUGGGCUAGGGGCGCGCGGCACGAGCGGCGGGAGGGUCGGGGGUCGCGGGCCUCGCUGGGGCCGCGAGUGCGGGCAGAGGCGGGCGGCGCGGCGGGGGCGGGCGGCGCGUUCCGGGCGGGCGGGGAGUGCGAGAAGCCGAUCGGGGCUGCGCGGGGAGAGAGGCCUGGGGGCCACCCUCCGGGGGCGCCGGGGCCGCCGCCGCCGCCGCCGCGGCAGCAGCGACUGAAGCCGCGCAGCGAGGAGGGGCGGGGAGUGGCCGCCGCCGUCCCCGGGAGGCGCCGGAGCCCGACUGCACUCGCAGCCAGCCAGCCGUCCCGAGCCGCUCACAGGUCACCUCUGACCCUGUUUUCCUAA